UCACUCCAAUUCCGUCGACUCUUCCACCAAUGCCUCCCACCAUGAUCGCCGCCACCAUGCGCGUCGUCGCUAGGCGCAGUGCGUGUCGGCCGCCUUAUCCCACCUUUGACUUUCCUUCCAGCUGAGCUGCCACCAUGCCGUUCAACCUCGGGCUCCGCAGCGCCGCUCUCAAUCCCGCCGUAACAGGCCUCCUUCUCUUCGCCCUCACCGGCGCGCCCUCGACCGUCCGCGAGCCGCUGCUGGAGCAGCUGUCGCGCCUGCCCGCCCAAGUCAGCGUCGCGCGCGUCGUCAAGGUCCUGAAAUGGCUCUUUGCUCUCGGCCUUGUACACAAAGCCAAUGCCUGGCUCAACUCGCUCGCGCUCAACGGAUGGACCCGCAAGGCCGACACUGAGCGCUGGGUCUGGCGCGAAGAGGUGGCUGUCAUCACGGGCGGUAGCAGCGGCAUUGGCGCCCUGCUUGCCCAAGGUCUCGCUGAGAAGGGUGUCAAGGUCGCCGUGCUGGAUGUGCAGCCGUUGUCCGAGAGCCUGAAGAGCUACAGCGUCUUCUUCCAGCACUGCGAUGUCACUGACCACGAAGCCGUCGCUGCCGCUGCCAACGCUGUCCGCGCCUCUCUUGGCCACCCCUCCAUCCUGAUCAAUAAUGCCGGUAUCGCCACUGCCACGCCUAUCAUCGAGACGCCGCCCGCGCACGUCCAAAAGGUCCUCGGCGUCAACCUGAUCAGUCACUGGUUCACCUGCGCCGAGUUCGUCCCGGACAUGAUUAAGAAGAACAAGGGUCAUGUCGUGACCAUCGCCUCAAUGGCCAGCUUCGUCACGCCAGGUGGCGUGGCGCCCUACGCCUCGUCCAAGAACGGUGCCCUCGCCUUCCAUGAGUGCCUGGCCCAAGAGCUCCGCCACCUCCACGACGCCCCAUCCGUGCACACGACCAUUGCGCACCCCAGCUGGACGCGCACCCCACUGACCGAGGCCAACCGCGCGGCGCUCGAGAAGCGCUACGGCACGCUGCUGACGGCGGAGUCGGUUGCGGACGAGAUUCUGGCGCAGAUCUUCUCGUGCCGUAACGGCCAGCUCUUCAUGCCGAAUGGGUUGAGCAAGGUGAGCGGGCUUAGGGGAUGGCCAAAUUGGGCGCAGGAGUUCAUCAGAGGAAGGGCGGGACGGUUUGGGAAGGGGCAGCAGUCGUAGUGGGUGAAGGAAGUGACAGGACUAGUUUGGCUGCGGAAUCGGUUGGAUACGGUAUAUCCAUGCGGUGCUUAGCAUCGUAUUUGGAUAUGAUUAUUCUCCGGCUAGGCCCAUGAAAACAGUCAAUGUUAUGGCUGAAACAAUUGAAGAAGUUCAUUCAUGUUGGCCUAGCGUGCCUGGGUUCCCAGUUUGGGAAAUGACCUUGG